AUGCUCCCUUCUAAAAUUGAAAGAUUCACCGAAUGGGCCAAAAUCUAUGGGGGUCUCUACAGCUUCCGUAUUGGCCCAGCCACUGCCGUCGUGAUCACCGAUCGAGGUCUGGUCAAGGAACUGCUUGACAAACGCAGUGCCCUAUACAGCUCCCGACCAACCUGUUAUGUCGGACAGAACCUCAUCACUGGCGGUGACCAUCUCCUCGUUAUGGACAACAAGGAAACCUGGCGGCUAUUUCGGAAGACAGUGCAUCAGCACUUCAAGGCGAGCAUGUGCGAAAAUGAGCAUGUCAAGCUCCUCGAAGCAGAGCACACACAGAUGAUGCGUGACUUCCUCCUGUAUCCAGAGAAACAUAUGAUGCAUACCAAACGUACCACCAACAGUAUCAUCAUGAGUCUGUUGUAUGGGAUUCGGACCCCGUCGUGGGAUACACCACAUAUGCAGGAACUCUACGAGAUCAUGGAGCGAUGGUCCAAGGUGAUGGAGACUGGAGCGACGCCACCGGUUGAUAUCUUCCCGGGGCUCAAAUGGGUCCCUCAGCGGUGGCUGGGCAACUGGGUUGAUCGGUCGGUAGAGGUGGGCAGCGGCAUGAAAGCGUUGUACGGGUCCUUCCGACGACGGGCGGUCGAGGCACGACGAAAGGCCGACCAGGGCUCGCAAAGCCGAGCCCGCACGUUCAUCGACCACGUACUCGACCUGCAGGAGAAGGAAAACCUCACUGACAACCAGGUCGACUUCCUCGGUGGCGUUAUGAUGGAGGGUGGAUCCGAUACCGGGUCCACAAUGCUCCUGGUAAUGAUUCAGGCACUGGUGCAGCAUCCCGAAGUACAAGAGCGGGCACGCAUCGAGAUCGACACUGUCUGUGGUGAAGACCGAUCCCCGACAUGGGCAGAUUUCGGCCAUUUAUCGUACAUCACCAUGAUUGUCAAAGAGACGAUGCGUUGGCGGCCGGUGACGCCACUCUCAUUCCCGCAUGCCCUCAGUCAAGAUGACUGGGUCAAUGGGUAUCUCCUACCAAAGGGAUCAACGGUGUUUCUGAACGUGUGGGGCCUCCACCACGACGAAUGUGUCUUCCCCAAUCCUGAUCGCUUCGAUCCUAGUCAUUAUGAAGGGCGACAUCGCCUGGCGUCGGACUAUGCCGCCUCGCCGGACUACAUGCAGCGGGAUCACUUCAUCUACGGGGCUGGACGACGGCUCUGCCCAGGGAUCCACCUAUCGGAGCGCAGCAUGUUCCUGGGAGCGGCGAAGCUGCUAUGGGGAUUUCAGUUCCAGCCGGAGCUCAAUGAGUCGGGGGAGGCAAUCGCCAUCGACACCGACCCGAGUACGGGGUACACUGAGGGAUUUCUGGUUUGUCCGCGGGCAUUCAAGUGUAGAAUUUCUCCUCGGUCCGCUGCGAGGACCGAGACUAUUCUUCGUGAGUUUGCGCAGGUCGAGUCGGAGAUCCUUUGUCAGUAUGCCACCCCCUAA